GUAAUUAUACGACAACUUCAUCAUCAACUUACCAUACUGUCAACGAAACGUCGAAAAUGUGGAAAAAGCUUACAAACAGUGAUCAGAUUUUGUCACGUUUAUUAUAGCGAUCGAAAUAUGCAACCAUGUGGUCGUUAAGACACGAAACGAUGACUCGCGAUGAAUGCAGAAAAUAUUUACGAUGUUUAGAAUUAGAUGCUUAUGGAAGUAUGGUAUCCGUCUUACGUGCUCAAGGCCCUUUUACUAAUGAAAAACAGAAAUUAUUACAAGAACUUGCUAAAGUUCUGCAUAUUUCUAAUGAAAGACAUCGUGCGGAAGUGCGAAGAGCGGUAAACGAUGAGAAAUUAGCAACAAUAGCUGAACAAUUAAAUGGCCCAAACACUGGCACAGAUUGGACUAUCGAAGGUCGUCGUACUAUUCCACUUUUACCAAGAUUGAAGGCACGAUCUGCUUUUACGACGCUAGCAAAUAGCAUAUCCCUUGCAACUGCAGUGGCAAACAAAAGGAAUCUUCCAGUUCCUGAAAAAACAGAGAAUGCAAAAGCAAUCAGAAGCGAAUCUCCUGAGAAGACGAAAGUACAAGAGAAAUUACUUAGCAAUAAUGAACUUCCACCUAAUGAAGACAAGUUCAGUGAUCAGAGCGUAUCGAACGAGGACACUGAAUUGGAUAAAAACAAGGAAACGAAUAAGCAAAACAAUAAUUUGGAUGUGAACGAAAAACGUGCUAUUCCUGAAAAACGUAAACCAACGUCUCCGCUUCCAACAGCACCACCAAACAAGGUUUUGGUAGUUUCGUCAAAUUCGAUAGGAACGCUGAAUCAUGGCGCCACGCAGAAAGGAUCUCCCGAAAAUACUAUUCAAUUAUCACGAAUGCCAACGAACUCGUUACAACAUCAAAAUGUUACGAUAAUACCGCUUAAUGUUAAUUGCGGGGAAUGCACAGAUUCGAAGGAAUCAGUGGUGCAAGAAAAUGCCAAUAAUCAUUUGGCAGUUCCAUCCGGUAAUGUUAUGAAUGCUGUGGUCCCCGUUAGUGCAAGUAUUACGAAAACUAAAGGAAAAAUAAUUGCUGCCCAAAAUAAACUUAGCACAAAAGUUGGGCCAGCAAUUCUGAUGUCCAGUAACGCGUCGUGUGUAUCUGGAAGCAACUUGCAACCUGAUGCGCAAGAUACAUCCACGCAAGAUAGUUUAAAUUCAAAAAUAUCGUCGGCCCAUAAUUUAGAGAAGGCAGCAAAUACUGAGAAUACAAACUUGACUGUUAGCAACACAAAACGUGUUGUGCCAGUGAUACAUUCUAAUGUAAAAUCCCCAAUAACUAAAACCAUUACUUCAAGUAAUUCACAUCGACUGAUGACUGUUUGUCCUGGUACAACUGUAUCAAAUGGACCAGGACCACCUCAAAUUAAGCAAACUACAACGCUGACUUGUAAAAAAUUGCCUACGACGUUCAAUAAUCAAACCACUGCCAAAAUGGGUGUCACGCUAAAUUCUAAUAAAAGUGUAAAUAUAUCUCACCAUUCUAAUACGAAGUUAGCAUCUAAAACGAACGUGAUCGUUAUACAAAAGGGUCAAACCAAAGGUGUAACUCUCUCUCACGCAGGCAAGGAAGUGUUGGGGAAAGUAAUUAUGGGAGGGAAAAAUUUACGUGUCACGAGUCAACAUAGUGCUUCUAUCAAUGUCCUACCGCAUCAUGUUACACUUAACAAUGGAGAUCAAGCUGUAACUAUGUUAUCGUCAACAAACUCAUCUCAUACGGAACCUGUAACGUCCAACGUAAAGUCCGGUAAUACCAUUAUGUUCAAUCUUCGGCAGGAUGUUUUGGAGAAGAACAAAGCUCUGUCUCAUCUUCUUGAAUCAUCUAAUAUUCUUACCUCAGAAUAUAAGACUGUGAUACAAAAUACACACACUUGUCUUUCGAAAGAACCAAGUAAUAGUGAUUUACAUGUACAAGAUAAAGAGAUAAUUGUAAAAACCGACGCUGUAAUUAAUUCUGUUAAAGAUGAGAUGCAAAGGUCAGUUUGAAAAUGUGAAAAUAUAUUACGAUGUUGUUAUACUAAGAAAGUACAUGUAACAGGAACAACUAACUCCAUUAUUACUUUGAAAACAUUUUGUAAAUUAAUAACAUUAUUUUAUGUGCAAAAAUAUUCCGCGAAUUCAAAUACAUCCAAGGAACUCGAGUUUCUCAAAGAAGAAUUAAACAGUGUCUGUAAACUUGUCAUUUAUGUAGUAAAUUUGAAAUAUUUCUUCCAUCGGUAGACCAAAAAUAAAGAAUUAUUUUAUUCUUUAUUAAAACUCCGUAAUUUGGUCAAGAACAUUUUAUAUAUUUUUCUUUCGUUAUCACUGCUACGUUGAAUCGAUGUUUUAUCUUUUACA